AUGGCUAACAAGAAAAAAACAAAACGAUGUAGUACAAGCACCAUAACAAAAAGACGUAUUCGCAAUAAUAUACGACCAAUUCAAGCAUCAUCACCACAAUCGAAUACCGCAUCGACAAUACAAACAACAAUAUCAAAUCUGUCCACAUCUUCAAAACGUUCAUCUUUACCAUCACAACAGAAGAUUAUGAAAAGAACAAAAUUGAAUAUAACAUCAACAUCAGCAAAUUCAAAUGUACCUAUGGAUGGAUACACGAUCUUGCAAAAUCAAGUGUUAUUUACUCUUAUGUGCAAGACGAAUUGUGAAGGUUGCGGAAAUCGUUGGAACGGAACAAUUAACAUCAACAAACGCGAAGGUUUAUUUGUGAUUUUAUCUUUUCAAUGUUCAUCAUGUACAAAUAUCAUCACCAUUGAAACAAGUCCGAAGGUUGUUGGAUCAGAUCGUCGAGAUAUUAAUGUUCGAUCACAAAUUGGUGGCCAUUUGUGUGGUAUUAGACAUGCUGGAUUAGUAAAAUUAAUGGGUGCUAUGAAUUUACCAAGUACAAUUCAAGAUGAAAGAUAUUCCAAAUGGGAUAAAGAUUUAUUAGUUUCCGUAAAAUCAUUUUCGGAUCGGUCAAUGAAAAAAGCUGUUGAAGAAGCUGUGACUGCUGCAAAUGGUCGAGAACUAAUGGUUAGUGGAGAUGGAUUUUGGCAGACUCGAGGUUUUCAAAGUAGACAUGGUGCAGCAGCUCUUAUUUCUUGUAACACAACACCAAAAGUACUUGAUAUUGAAACAUGUAGUAAAACAUGUAAUGUUUGUAUGGGUGCACUUGCUAUUAAGAAAUCUAAUCCAGCUAAAUACAAUGAUGUUAUUAGAUCACAUCAUUGUGAAAAAAACUACAACAAAAGUUCGGGCACAAUAGAAGCUGAUGCUGUUCUUAACAUGUUCCAACGAUCAGUUUCCAAAUAUGAAAUUUAUUACACAAAGUAUGUUGGUGAUGGUGAUUCAAAAACAUUUGCUACUCUUUCUAACAAACCGCUAUAUCCAGGAAAAGUGAUCAGGAAAAUCGAAGACUUGAAUCAUUUUAGCAAAAGAAUGAAACGUCAACUGGAAACAAAAAAACGUGAAUAUGGAAAAAAACAAUUAUCUGAUGGUAAAACUAUUGGUGGUAAAAAUCGUCUUUCCGAACAAAAUGUUAUCCGGUUACAAAUGGCAUUUGCUUCGACCAUUCGAAAAUGCAAACACGAUCUAGAUUUGUUAUUCAAGCGAUCGUGGGCUAUAUUUUGGCAUAAAUAUUCGACCAAUGAUGAUCCUCGUCAUGAUUCUUGCAGCAUCGAUUGGUGUGGUUAUUUAAAAGCUGCUCGUGAUGGAACAUCAUAUGAUCAUACACCACAUGCUUUACCUCGUCCCGUCCUUGAUGCCAUCAAGCCUGUUUUUGACAACCUCUGUUCUCGGAAAAGUCUUGAACGUGUACUUGAUGCAUCAAGUCAAAAUCCAAACGAAGGUUUUCAUUCGCUUGUCUGGCUUAUGUCACCAAAACACAAAACAACAUCUGGGACAAUAUUUGAAAUUGCUUGUCAUCUUGCAAUAAUAAUAUUUAAUGAUGGAUAUUUUGCAUUAGGUAAGAGAAUACAAAUAUUUUCGCAGGUUGUUUUAAUUAUAAUUAAAAUGUUUGAUACAUAUAAAACUAAUAAUGUCUUUUGGUUUUUCACAGGAGAUCUUUUCAACAACAUGUGCGGUUAUCGUGGUUAUUACACCAAUCAAGCAAUGAUUCACUUUGACAACAGUCGUCUCCACUCUGAAUCAAAAGCAAGUAAUAGAAAAACAAGAAAAGAAGCUGGUCGUGAUGUACAAAAAAAUGUUGAUAAUGGUCAAACAAAUAAUAAUAAUGCAUCUGGUAAUGAUGAUAAAACAAUAGAUGAUGAUGAAGCAGAUGAUGAUUAUAAUGAAACAAAUCCUAGUGAUCAACCAACAACUCAAGAUAAUGAAACAAUUAUUGAUAAUGAUGAAAGUAUUACCGAUGAUAAUGAUACAACAUCAAGUAGUGAUGAAUCAUCCAAUGAUAGUGAUGAUAAAACAAUUCUUAGUCCUGAUACGAGAACUAAUGAAGAUGUUGAGAAGAAUGAUGAAACUAGUGAUGACGAAUAUGGUUAUUAUAAUCCAAAAGACAGAAGAAGAUGGAAAGAAGAAGAAUAA